AUAUACUCUCAAAUGACUGUUGAGCGGGAAAUUUCCAGGCCGAAGUCGUCUUCGUCCUCUUUCAUUCUCUGCUUCCCUUUUCCAUUUUCACUCACUUCUACAUCUCCACUCCAUAUUUCCUUCCACCUAGAAAAGCGUUCGCAGAUAAUCAAAGUGGUUCAACCGAAGAAUCUGAGAGUCCUUAGCCAAACAAUGUUCUGACGCUCGAAGCACAAAAAACUAGGGUUUUUGUUUACUGAUCCAAUGUCUGGUCAUUUCUUCUCCAACUUAGGGUUUGAAUAAUUCAAUUGAAUGCUCUUUGAUUCGGCCUCUCUUUGAUGUCUUUAGGCUCGCUUUAGCAGGUUUCAAAAAUGAAGGCCACUUGUUUGAAGUUCGAAAACCCGAUUCAAGACGCCAUUUCGAGGAUCAGGUUCGCUCCGCAAUCCAACAAUCUCCUCAUCUCAUCCUGGGACUCCAGUCUUCGAUUGUAUGAUCCGGACAGCUUUAAGCUUAGAUUAGAAGCUCCUUUGGAAGACGCACUUCUUGAUUGUUGUUUCCAGGAUGAAUCUGUUGCUUUUAGUGCUGGUUCAGAUGGAUCCCUUCGAAGGCAUCAUUUACAUUCAGGAAGUCAUGAUGCAAUUGGAAGCCAUGAAGAUUUAAUGACCUGUGUUGAAUAUUCCGUUGAAACAAGUCAAGUAAUCACUGCUGGUUGGGAUAAAAAGAUAAUGUCCUGGGACACACGCGCAACACAUGCUCAUCGAUGCUUGGACACUUUAGGUGCUGAGGUGGUGUCUAUGUCAGUCUCUGGGUUUAAUUUGUUUGCUGCCAUUAGGGAAUCAGUAAACAUUUACGACUUACGUAAGUUCAACUACUCAGCCGCCGAAAAAGAAUCACAUCUGGACAUCCGAAUAAGAUGUGUCCGCCCAAUUCUUAAUUCUGAAGGAUUUGUGGUUGGAUCGGUUGAUGGAAAGGUCAAACUGGAGUAUCUCUAUCCUUCCAAUUCUAGUGCCGUGGGAUAUGCUUUUCGGUGUUAUCCGAAGUCAAAGGAUGGAAGGCAUCAUCUUGUAGCGGUGAAUGACAUUGCAUUUAAUCCAUUCUUCUGUGGUGCUUUUGUCACUGGUGAUAAUGAGGGCUAUGUUACAACAUGGGAUGCUCGAAGCAAGAGAAGAUUAUAUGAGUUGCCUAGGCACCCCAACAGUGUGGCAUCCUUAUCAUAUAGCCGCGAGGGGCAUCUUUUGGCUGUUGCAUCAAGCUACACAUACCAAGAAGCAAAUGAAAUAGAAGAGCCUCCUCAAAUAUUCAUACAUGAAAUAGAUGACCGCUGCAUUGGAUCAGCUUCAGCCGGAAGUUCCAAGUAGAGUUUACGUGUGAUAUUGCUUAAAGAAAGUAUUCGCUAUGCUUUGUGGGUGAUUACAUCAGGAAAACUUUGGAUUGGUGGAUAUAAGGCAUUAUAACACACUGAAUUUUCAAUUUAAACCCCUUCAUCUGACUUUAAGUUAAGUUAGUCUGAUCCUGGACCCUGAAAUCUAAACUUUUGGCUCCGGAAAACAAAUCCGCCUGUUACAUAGAAUUGCACUACCGGAGUGUAAAGACGAGUCUAUUUCAUUGAUGGCUUCCUCUUGUAGGAUUGCAAGGUAAUAAAUGAGGAAAUGUUGUAUCAACUAUAAUCACAGCGAACACGCUACUUCUUGGGGCAACAAGUAAAGGAAUGGCAUGUAGCUGUGUACAAUUUUAGGAAUCAUUCUUGGUGUACAAUGUUCUUGAUUUAAGUAUUUAACUAGUUAAAUGACA